UGCAAAAAGCUUGCAAGGGCACGACCAUGGGAGCCAACGAUUUCAAUCUCCGACCCAACCUCCAUAUCAGAGCAUUCUCUCUUGAACGGCAAAACUUGAAGCAACAGCACAAGGUCAAAACGGCAGAACCUCUCCUUUUGACAAAACCAAACCCAGCACCUCUCCUUUCGAAAUUACUCACCAAACGCAGAACAUCUUCACUCUCUCAAACACAGAUCCAAGCUAUUUUGCAAAAAGCUUGCAAGGGCACGACCAUGGGAGCCAACGAUUUCAAUCUCCGACCCAACCUCCAUAUCAGAGCAUUCUCUCUUGGUUUUGUUGGAGAUAGUAUUGAAGAGCCUCCCAACCUUCAAAAUCUAACAACAAUCCUACAGAUUUAAAACAGCAGAUUUCAAUGAAUACCAAACAGCAACA